CAUCCGUGAAAAGUGCGUGUGUGACAUUCUGGAAUUUCACCACCGAUAUCAAGCCUGUCAUCUGAUUUAGCAGUGCAAAACUUGAAAUCCACUCGCACAAACAUGUCCGUUUGGGAUGAUUUGGAUUUGCUGUUGGAUUCUCCCUCCUCACUGAGCGUAACUUCCAAUACAAGGGGUACUGUGACGGACAAGGCCAAUUUUAAAGUGGAAGAGGAUGUGGCUGCUUUAAAGGCGGCAAUAGAGGGCAUUGGUACAACAGAAAAGACCCUCAUUGAGGUGCUGACCCAAAGAAGUAACACUCAGAGGCAGCUCAUCGCAAAGGCUUACGAGAAAGCCACAGGAAGGGCGUUAAUAGCUGACCUGGAAGGCGACACCCAUGGAGACUUUGAAGAUUUGUUGGUGGCCUUAGUAAAACCUCCUGCUGUCUACGACUGCCAUGAAGUAAUCAAAGCCAUCAAGGGUGCGGGGACCACCGAGAGCACGUUGACCGAACUCUUUGCCUCGAGAUCCAACAAGCAGAUCAAAGCCAUAUCUGACGCGUACCUGGCAGAAACAGGAAAACUGCUGGUUCACGACCUCAAGUCGGAGGUGUCUGGCGAUUAUGGCAAGGCACUGCUUAUCUUGGCGGAGGGCAAGAGAGACGAGAGCCCCAGUGUGGAUGCAGCCAAAGCCAAAGCAGAUGCCAAAGCUUUAUAUGAGGCAGGUGAGAAGAAGUGGGGAACCGACGAGGGCAGGUUCAUCGACAUCUUGUGCCACAGGAGUGUUCCCCAGCUCAGACAGACUCUGGUGGAGUACAAGAACAUAAGCAAGAAGACUCUGCAGGAAAGCAUUGAGAGCGAAAUGUCCGGAAUCCUGGAGGAGCUUCUGGUGGCUGUCGUCAAAUGCGUGAAGAAUGUCCCUGCGUACCUUGCAGAGAGGCUUUUCGAGAGCAUGAAGGGUUUAGGGACCACAGAGUCCACACUGACCCGGAUACUGGUGAGUCGCUCCGAAAUCGACUUGCUGGACAUUAGAGCAGAGUACAAGAAGCUGUUUGGAUAUUCACUCUACUGUCAGCUAGAGUCUGAAGUGUCAGGCAGCUACAGCGACGCCCUAAAACAUCUGUGUGGCCAAGACUAACUCCCCCAAAAUUCCUGCAAUGACAAAUGGCGGUCAACUGGGAAAUGAAAAGGGACUUUUCCACUAGCAGAAUAGUCCAGCACUGAGAAUUACUUGACAGGAAUGUGGAUUUACUAAUAUUUUGUCAUUGAGCCUUACAAACCAAGAUAAUUCAAAUGAGUUUAACAUUUCAUUAACAGAUAGCUGGUACCAGUAUUUUCUUGUUCAUUGUUGUUGGAGACAGUCAUAUUAAAAACAGCAAGAAACUUAUGUACAAACUGUUUUAUUUAAGGGUUUUGUUCAAGUUGCUGUAACCGGCUCCGACGCACGUCAUGAGGACUUUAUCUCCCCCCUUCCGUUCAUCCUCUAAACACUUGCGAACUUCAAUUUUGAACAUGAUCUGGAAAAAAUCUCUAACAUGUCUGAGGAACUCAAUCCUGUUGAAAGAGAACAAAGAGAUUAAUUAGCUAGGAAAUAAAAUGUGUUGCACACAAGGAGUCCAAGAAGACAACAUUGUGGAUGAAAUCCCAAAACAAUAAAAUGCCAUAUUUCCUGAUAAGAGGACAUUUUAUAAAUCCUGUAUUUUGGCUAUUUAGGCCUCCAUAGAGUGACUCUCUAACUUGGACUUAGUAUGAACAGAGACUUCUGUUUGACCCAGUUUUGUUUCCGAACAUGGACUUAGUAUAAACAGCUACUUCUGUUUGACCCAGUUUUGUAUCCGCUUUGUCCAUAUAUGGCUAAGACUGCCCCCUUUCCUCUGAUUGGUUGCCUCCGUGUGGAAGACCCGCUUGCGAGAGCACACGUGUUGUUGACAUUCCUGGGAGCGGCGAGGUAGACAGGAGAUCUUCACUAGUGAUGUAGAUCAGCUCGAGAAAUUCGAAUAACCUGAUUUAAGGC